AUGGCUCCGAAAAGCAAGAAGCGCAAAAUGACUGUCGCGCAGCCUGUCGCGCAGUCGGUGACAGCCGCACCUGCGAAAAAAGAGCCACCAAAAACCACUUUCAUGGACUUGCCUGUCGAGAUACGCUGCGAGAUCUACGGCUACGUACUGGAAGAGCCGACGCCUAUCAAGUUGCGUAUUCAGUUCCAUAAGAAGAAGAAUGGACCCCGUGAGAUCGUGCGCAUCUUCCACCGGCGAGAUCCUAAACAUCAUGGCCAAGUCUACGACAAAAAGACCAAAUCGUGGAUACCGAAGCAGUACACGCAUAGCUCCAUUCUACUCGUCAACCGGCAGAUCAACGAGGAAGCUACUCCUGUGCUUUUCGCCCAAAAUGGCUACUUUCUGGAAACGACGGCUGCCCUCAGGGACUUCCUGGAGCUUAUAGGAGCUUCAAACGUACGUCACCUACGUCGCAUCAUCAUUGGAGCGGAUGGCUAUAAGGCGAACAAUGCACGCGCUGCUUUCCAGGCUCUCACGGCUGCAAAGGGCCUCCGUGCACUCGAAAUUGAUCACUCCAACCUCUGCGCACCACAGGGUCGCGAAUCAACCACAACACAUCGGUUGGCAGGAGACUGCAGAACACUUCUGAAGUCUCUGAAAGCAUCGUACGAGACCUUGAACCUCUUUGGAAGUGUGCUGGAUGUUCUAUCAGUCACGCUGAGGCCUUGCAAGGCUUGGAGUCAUCCGCCGCCAUUCAGCACGGUGGGUCACCGCCGCGGACACGAGGGUGGUGGGUCAAAGCGAAUGCUACGUGUUAGUGAUACUAAUGGAAGACAGGCUGCCAGCAUUAGCAACGCCACGCUCGAGUCCUCGACCGAUGGCUGCAGUUUGGCCUCCGGAGACAAAGUCGGUCGUCCAGCCACAUAUGACGAUGUAACUGGCACAUACAAGCACAUGGUCAACAUCCAAGACUCAAGUUCUUUCUGCAUACGUACCUACACCAUCACUUCUGGGGCGCUCAAAGGCUGCCGAACCAUCAUCCUGGUUCCAGCUGGGAGCUUCAGGCUGCUUGACUUACCUGGGGAGAUCCGCAACAUGAUCUACAAAUGUGUCGUCAUGAGUCCAAACAUGAUCAGCCUGGAGACAUAUCAUCCCAAGGGACAUGGAGAACGUGUGGUCCAGACUUCCUUCAAGCGAAAGGAUCACAAGACCAAAGCUCAACACACCAAGAAGUUCGAGGUGCCAGGACCAAACAGCGACACGGCGAGCCUACUGCUUGUGAACCAUCAGAUCCACGAUGAAGCAGUUGAGGUCCUGUACGGCCAUAACACAUUCUCCUUCGACCUCACCGAUACGCUCAAGCUGUUCAUCAAAAUUAACGGCAAGUGCCUACCCUACCUGCGAUUCAUUGAACUUGACUGUUUCUGGCAUCUGGUUCCGGACAAGGUUGUGAAGACGCUGAAGGCUGCCCAGCGCGCCAUGUGGCGGGCUCCAGGACUUCGCAAGGUACAGAUCAAGCAUCACGCCGUCUGUAGCUCAACAUCGCUCGAUGCAGAAGCGUUUGUGGAUGUCUUUGCGCCGCUGCUGCAGAAGAUACAGAACUUCAAGCAGGCUCAAGGUAUCAACAGCAACAUGACUGAGCUCCUGGAAUUCCCAGCCUGCUCCUGCGAUGAUUGUGCGCGCCGCAAGGCCGGAAUACGCAUUACCCCAUUCGCUCGUGGGCCUUGUGCAGGAAAUCCGAAAUGCGUGAGCAAUCAGACCGACUUUCCACAGCAGGUGAAGGAGGUCGUGGCGAAGAAGUUUCCGGCAAAGGAGUAG